AUGUUAUUUCUCAUUCUUUAUAACACAUUUCUUUCUUCUUUUUUAUUUCAUUUUUCGGAUUUUCUGCCAUUUCCUUUUCAUUCAUUCUUUCCCUUUUCAUUGUUUCAUUCUCCUUUGAUUCUUUCAUUCCCUUUUCAUCCUUUCUUUCUAUUUUUCUUCUUUCAUUCUCUUUUCAUUUUUUCAUUUUCUUUUCAUUCCUUCAUUCGCUUUUCCUUCUUUCAUUCCCUUUUCAUUCUUUCUUUCUCUUUUAAUUCUUUCAAUCCCUUUUCAUUUUUUCAUUCUUUUUUCAUUCUUUUAUUCUCUUACAUUCUCUCAUUUUCUUUUCCGUUUACAUUCACUUUGUUAAUGUUUCUUUCUUUCCUGUUUCUCCUUUUCCUUUUGUUUUUUUUUUCAAAUUUUUCACAUGAACGUUUUCAUUCUUUCUGUCUUUUAUUUCUCUUUUCAUUCUUUCACUUUGUCUUUCUUUCUUUCUUUCUUUCUAUCACUUUCUUAUUUUUACUUUCCUUCUUUCUUGAUUCAAAACUCGAAAUAUUUUUUUCUUUUUCUAUUUCCUCAUUUCUUUGCCAUUCUUAUUGCGAUGAUAAAAUAUCUUUAUGCAUUUUACUUCUAAUUCUUUUUAACUAA